AUGGGCUCACUGGUGGUCGACAGCGCAGCACUGAGCCUGGGGACCAAACCCGGCUAUGGAACGAUAUCGGCUGUCUCCAAUACGUCUGUGCCGAAACGAGACCCAUUUCGCCACGGCUUUCGGCCCAGCGGACUGCGGCCAGACCGCGCAAGUGUGGGGUUACUCUCCGUUAAUGGGACCGAGCCUACUUUGAUGACAACACGUCUACCUUCUACUUUGAUACCCUUUCCUCGCGAUCAUGCAUUUGUCGAUAGGCCUGAUAUUUUUGACCAGAUCGACGAGCGCUGCUCCAGCCCUGGUGGCCGAGCAGUUCUCGUCGGCAUAAAUGGCAUCGGCAAGUCCCAGCUCGCUAUCGAAUAUGCCUACAGGAAGAAGGAGUUAGCAGAAGCGAGCAUCACAGGUGGCGGCUGGGUAUCAUGGAUACUAGCCAAUGAUGAGCCAGCAGACGCCGCGACGUGCGUCUUCUGGAUUCAAGCCAAUACGCUUGCGACCAUUACUGAGGGUUUCGUGGCCAUUGCCGAAGCUGUUGGAAUUCAGACCUACAAUAAAUCCGGCUCUGAAAUCAUACAGACUGUUUGUCGGUGGCUCGGAAAUGAAUACCUGCCCGCGAGGUGGCUGUUGGUCUUCGACGGUGCUGACAACAGUCAUGUCUUCCUGAUCGAAAAGAUCGGAAACAGCAACACAACACUGGAGAGUAUCCUGCCGACAAGCCCUCGCGGGUCAGUUCUGUUCACAACGUGUGACAGAAGCCUGGCUGUGAGAUUAGCAUCGCCGUCGCAUGCCCUCAUUGACGUCGGACCGAUGAAGCUCCACCAAGCCAUCCUUUUGCUGGAGAAGAAGAUGGGCUCCUCCUAUGGUCGACUGGGAACUAAAGCAGAACUCGUGGAAGAGCUCGACUUGAUCCCUCUCACGAUUACACAAGCAGCAUUUCAUAUCCGGUCCCAAAGACACAUGACACCAGACACAUAUCUUCAAGCAUUACGAGAAGGCGAUGCCGAGAGCGUGAAGAUGAUUAGCUCGGCAGGCGACGACGGUAGGCGGGGCCUCUUGAAGCCUUGUUCUGCGCUAGAUACAUGGCUGGCCAAGUUCUUGCAAGUCCGGGCUACCUACCCGUCCGCGGCGGACCUACUGUGUCUGCUGAGUUUCUACGAUGGCCAAGACGUACAAGAGACCCUUGUCGACACACCCUUACACAUCGAAUCCUCGGAAGACAAAAGAUCAACAGACGAAGCCUUCGGCCGGGAUGCUCAACUGUCCAUUCUGUACAACUAUUGUCUCAUUUCCCGCAGUCAAUGGGGCGGCAUCCAAAUUCCCCGCAUGGUCCAGCUGUCGGUAAAGACCUGGUUGAAAGAAAAUGGGGAGUUCAAUCUCGUCAAUGCACGUUUCGUCACAAGAUUCGACGCGGCCUUGAGGAGAUGUCUGCAGAGUCCCGAUGAUGCCGAUGAACUCCAAGACCGUCUGAUCCCACAUGCAGAAAAGGCUGUCGUGCAACCUCCACAAGGUGAGGAAGCACAGCUAACGUGGGCCUCCAUGCUGCACCAGAGCGCUCUCUGUCAAGUGAAGCAGGGUCGUUUCUACGGAGCGGAACAGCACGCUGCUCUCAGCAGCCAACAAUACAUCGUGUCGCGAGGCAUCUCGCAUGACGAGACACGGGAGGCGCUCGAGACCCUCCGCGAAACACUGAAGCACCUGCAGCCACAGCCGGGCCUUCUCCCGCUCGCAAUGGACGCGGCAACAAGCAUCCUCGGCGGCAGACACGGAACGCAAGACCUGCAACAGUUCCACAGCACAACUGAGAUUGCGACGGGACUCCUCGAACAAGGCCAGGCCAAAGAAGCGGCUGCCUUUUGCGAGGCCGAGAGGGCAAUACUCAGGCACCGCCUCGGCAACGAUCAUCCGCUUACCCUAAGCGUUACCGCAAAGCUAGGCUCGAUAUUCCUAGCCAUGGACAGGCUCGCCGAAGCCGAAGCCCUUCUCUCGCAAACGCUCGACGUAUAUCAGCAGACCCUCGGCGAGGACGACCAGAAAACGCUAGAAUGCGCGGAAGAGCUAGCUACAGCACACGCAAGGCAGGGCAAGCUCCGCAAGGCCGAGCAGUCCUUCCUCCACGUCAUCGAGACCCGCAAACGAGUGCUCGGAGAACAGCACGCGUCCAGCCUUGUCAGCAUGCGCCGUAUGGCCUCCGAGAUUCUCUGGUCUGCCGGCCACGAGUCUGAGGCACGCGAGAUGCUGACCCACGUCCUGGAGCUGCACGAGGAGGCGCUCGGCCCAGAGGACGACGACACAGCCACGUGCAUGUACGACCUCGCCGGCAUGCUCGGCGCGCACGGCCAGUAUGCGAGGUCCGAGGCGCUGCUGCGCCGGGUCGUCGCCGUGCGGGCGAAGACGCGAGGGGCCGACCACCUGUUGACCUUGACGAGCAUGUCGGAUCUCGCCGGGAUACUCGGGAAACAGGCCAGGUGGGAAGAGGCCGAAGAGAUAUUGCCACGAGUCAUCAAAGGGAAAGAAUCGCUGCUUGGGGACGAACACGGCGACGCGGUUGUUGACAUGCAGGCCUUGGCCGAGGUGUACAUGGCUCAAAGCCGAUGGCAAGAGACCGAAGCUCUCUUGGUCAAAGUGGUUGAUGGCCAGACAGAGAUGUUCGGGGCCAAUCACGAAGAUACGGUCGUCAGUGAGGAGAUGGUAUAUGAGGUAAGGCGCAAGCUGGGUACCCCGGAAGAAAGCGCAGACUGUCAGUCUGAUGUUCGAGCUGGUUCAGGCGCCGAGCUCUAUCAGAGCAGAUGGUUCGAGGAUGCAUAA